GUCAAUGCGCAACUCCAGAACCGCGUUUUGGCGCGAAAGACUGCUUCUUCUUCCCGUAGAAGCGAGCGAGCGAGGGUUUGAUAGCUCAGAAAUCUCUGCAACUGCAAGAACCAACAAUGGCGGAAGAAGAGAUCCAUGAAAUCCAUACCCUGAUUUCUUCAAACGACGACUCCAACAAGUGUUCAGGCUACUCAACCCUUCUGCAAUUCCAACAACACUCUUGCCUCAACCCUUCUUCCCUCCAAUCCCUAGCUCAAUCCUCCAUUUCCGUAAUCUUUUCCAUGCUCUCCGAUAUCUCGCACCACGAUGAAGAAAUAGCCGCACAAGCGUUGAAGUGUUUGGGAUUCAUGAUUUAUCAUCCCUCCGUCGUUUCCGCGCUUCGAGUGGAUGAUGCCGAUUCGAUUUUGUGCUCAUUGGCUAAACUUAUUACAACCACAAAAUUGAAGUCUGCUUGUAAUUUAGGGGUAUGGUGCUUAUCUGUCCAACAGUUAGGUGCAUCGUUGCUCGUUAAUCACUUUCAUUCUUUGUUGCGGGCAAUUGUUCAUGCCCUAGAUAAUCCAAUGGGGUCUCUGUCAACAACAUUUGAAGCUACCCAGGCUAUAAUGAAGCUAUCUGGCCAGUUAAGUGAGCAAAUGAGAGAAUCAUCCCAUAUAUGGGCUCCUCCAAUAUACAGGAGACUUCUCAGCACAGACAAGAGGGAAAAAGAUUCCUCAGAGAGGUGCCUGUUGAAGAUCAGAUCUACUGUCAUUCCUCCUUCACUGGAUCUCUCCAAGGUCCUUGUCAAAGAUAUGAAGAUAAAAUUGCUUGAUGGGAUGAAGAAUUUGCUAGAUAAAGGUAUGAAGAUUCAAGCUAUUCGAGCAUGGGGAUGGUUUGUACGAAUACUUGGGUCCCAUGCUAUGAAGAAUAGACAUUUAGUAAAUGAUUUGCUGAAAAUUCCUGAGCGUACAUUUACAGAUCUUGACCCCCAAGUUCAGAUUGCUACACAGGUUGCGUGGGAAGGUCUUAUUGAUGCUCUUGUUCACCAUCCAAUAUUAGGUUCAGAGAAAAAUCCACCAGCUGAGGAUAAUUUUCUUGAGAAACAGCAUUCAAUUGGAAGGAUCAACUGCGACAAUCAAGCAAAUGGGUUUUCCAAAAGCAUAAAGCUAAUAAUGACUCCACUGAUUGGCAUCAUGUCUAGUAAAUGUGAUAUAUCAGUUCAUUCAUCCUGCUUGAACACAUGGUGUUAUUUGCUGCAUAAGCUUGAUACCUCCAUCAACGAACCAUCAAUGAUGAAAAUGGUUUUCGAGCCUAUUCUUAAAGCAAUAUUUCAGAAUAGACCUGAUAGUAAGACUAUCUGCUUAUGGAAUAUGGGCCUUGAUCUGUUCAGUGAUAGUAUUUCACUGAAGUGUAGGGAUGCCACCUGCAAUGAUAUUGGACUUUCUGUAUCGGGCAAAUGCUCUUGGAAGCAACACUCAAUUAGAUGGCUGCCAUGGGAUAUCAGCCAGCUGGACUUUUAUCUGAAUAUGAUUUAUGUUCUAUUCUGUCAAGCAUCGGAUACAACUGUCAAUUGUGAGCAUAGAAGUCAUGUUUAUGAUGCUGCCUUAAAGUUAUUUAUUCAAAUUCUGAAAGGGGUCAAACUGGACGUGGAAAGUCCAUCUACCAAUUAUGAUGGUAUUAUGGGGUGCAUGAACUCAUUACUGACAUUCAUGAAAAGAGUAUGUGAUUUUCACCCAGAUGGAAGUGAAAGUUAUGAAGUGUACUGUACUUCCAUUAAGUUUAUAGACGCUAUCACAAAGGAAUUAGGUCCUUCUGUCCUGGGAUCUCCUCUGUACAAGUUUUCUUUAGACCUAAAGUACAUUAAUGACUUACAAUCAGUUGAUAAUAACAACGACCAAAAAUUUCCGAGUGUCAGAUGUGUUUCUUAUAUGGAUAAGGUUUCUCCAUUGGUUUAUUUGAUAGCUCUUCACUUUUAUAUGAUGGUUCAGUUAACAACGAAGUCCCGCCAAUCAGACUGCAUUUCACAAGGGAUGUGUGAAUAUUUUAAAUAUAUAUUCUCUUCAAGUGAUCCCCUGGAAAAUCUCCUCACCUGUAUUGGCCUCAUGUACAAACUUGUUCAACCAAUUUAUUUAAAUAUAUGGAUAACAGUGGCUCAAGGUCUGAAUAGCUGUGUAGAUGAUGCAAACUGCAAGUCCCUACAGGAAGCCUUGUCUGACAGCAUUGGAUAUUCUUCCAUAUGCCAUUUUUUGAUUUAUCCCAUCAUGGCACAUUCUGAAGUUUCAAGAUUGACCUCGACAAAUGCUAAUGCCUCUUGGGAGCAGCAUCCUGUAUUACCAGAAAGAAAGCUGAGGCUUGAACUUGCUAUUCAAACUUGGAAAUCGCUUUAUGGAUCUCUUAGUGCUUCAGGCUUUGGAUGCUCAACUGCUACCAAGUUCUCUGGGGAUCUGUGUACAUUGUUGAGUAGGUGCCUUGAUGAAAAUACGGACUUGCUUGGCAAUGACACUGAUUUUAAGUUAACAUGCAAUGAUAUAGAUCUCUGCGUCCUUCACUUAUCUGGCAAUUUCUUGCUAUACAUUCUAGAACAGAUUCAGACGUCAGAAUUAGUUUCUGAAACAGACAGAAGUAGAUCUUACUGUGAUAGCAAAACACUCUGCAGUAUAAGGAAUUGCUUAAAAUUUUCUUCCAAGUAUAUGAAUGUGGCAUUUCGUGUGACAGACCCACUGCCUGGUUUUGUUGGGACCUCAAGGCUAUGUUCUGCAUUGACAUCCUUUAUUAGUUGCCUUCACUGGAAGCAAGAUAUUCUUCUUUUUAUGGAGAUUCUUUCCUGUCCACUACUUCAAUGGCUAUCAAAUGCUAUGCAGGAUGAAAGAACAAGCGAUCAACUCGGACUUCUGUGGACUGAAAUUCUUAAUUCCUUAAGAAGAAGUCAACCUCCAAUAAACUUCGGUUCAUCUUUACUCAGACUUCAUGAACCUCUGUUUGAGAAAACUCUUGAUCACUCAUGCCCCUCCAUAUCAGAGCCAACCAUCAAUUUUUGGAAUUCUACAUUUGCUCAACAAAUUAUUUUGGAUUUCCCUCCAAGUCUUCUUCAUGUUUUGGACAAGCUAUCCAGAAAUGGAAAAUUAAAACUCCAGAAGAGAAGUCUACCAUCUCUCCAAAAAUGUCAUUCUCAUGAAGAAGCCAAUGAUGCUCUGCAGGGAUACAGGGUCACUGCAACACAGAACAGAACCUCUAAGAGGGUAGAAUUAUUGUUGGAUUCACACAAAGAGGUGCCGCCAUUAAGUUUUAAAAAGAAGAGGUUAGAACUGACUGAGCAUCAAAAGGAAGUCCGACGAGCACAGCAAGGAAGGAAAAGGGAUAACGGAGGGCAUGGCCCUGGAAUUAGAACUUACACCAAUGCCGACUUUUCACAAGGGCUUGAUGAUUCGCAAGAGAGCCAGGAGGACAUAAUAAGAGAUUCUGAAGCCAUAUUGCAAAUGUUGAGGAAAACCAUCUAACUAGAUGUUAGUGCUGCACUGUAUUUUGAUUGCUAGUGCUCUGUACAAGUUAUAAUGAAUGCCUAAAUUAUUAUUGGGAGAAUUCUAAUUUAGCUUGUCUCGGUAAGCAAUUUUUAAUUACGAAAAUAUGAAUUAACACCAGAUUAUAAUUAAUGCAGCUGGUGUUUGGUCAA